AUGUCGCCAAAGAAGGUUGCAAAAUCGGCGAUGAAAAAGGCGAAGGCAAAAGCCAUGGACAAGACACAGCCGAUGAAGGCCAAAGGCGCGAAGAAGAAGCCUGCUGCGUCAUCGGUUCCGCAUACCCCUGGGCGAAGUGAGUUUAACUCUGCAGCAUGCAGCGACGCUAAAAAGCAACCGUUGGGAGGACUGACUGGGUGCGACCUGGCGCAUGCUGGAGCUCCUGCUUCGGAAGCGCUGCGAGAUGUCUGGUCAGAAGCCUUGCUGCAGUCUUACAAAGCCUACGAGAAGGAUGCUGUAUCUGCAUGGGUUUCGAAAGACUGCUUGCAAGGCGCGCCCAGUUGUUGGCAUUUGUUCAAACAGCUUCAUGAAGAGUAUGACCACAACAACCAGCCAAAAGACGCCGCCACCAGCAUGGUCGCUUUUUUGCCCGUGAAGAAGUUCCCCAAAGACUUCCCGAAACCGGUCACCAAUAAGGAGCCCUACGAUGCAUAUAUCCUUUGCCGUGGGGUUAAUUCUGCGAAAGCAGUGCAGUCUUUUGUUGCCACAGCGGGCGCGGAGCAUGGCCUGAAGGUUGAGGGCAGCAAGUGCAGCAUCGGGGACUUCAUUACCAUCUACAAGCAAAAGUAUCCCGAUGAGUUGAAGCAGGCAGCUGAAGACUUGAAGAAGGUUGAGUUCGACUACGGAGAGGCAAAGAAGCUUCAGCUGAUAGGACGGGACGGCAAUUCCAAAGAUGCAGAAUACAACUGCAUCAAGAAGAACGACGUCAUGGAAGAGGUCAAGAAGCUUGCGGACGUGGCGACAGUGCGUGUUGACCUUCGUGGAAGCCCUGAUUGGUGCGUUGAUGGCACAGAGAAAUACAUCAAGGUGUCUGUCAGGGGAGUCGUGCAUUGGUUCAGCUUGAGGACGCGAGCAUGCCGAAUUCUCAGGCACCGACACCUAGGCAGGGUGCCAAACGGUGGAGAAGAUUGCCAGUCAGAGUCACAAGACCUCAGCGAGUCUGAGGUGGAGAUUUUGCGGCAAGCUCCUUUGGCUUGGAACCUAUCCAGCAUCUUCCUGAAAGAAGGUGCGUGA